AUGGACAACUCCAAAACUUUCUUACCCACUUUCAUCAUUCCCAUAACCCUCACUUUCAUUUUCUUGUCCACCGCCAGCGCCACUUACUACCGCAACAUCUCUCCAACGUAUCUGGGUUUCCGUGAGGAGAAGCUGACACACAUUCACUUCUACUUCCAUGAAGUUGUUACGGGCCCAACCCCCUCCCUCAUCAUGGCCGCUGAGCCCCUCAAGGGUAAGUCGAACUCUCCCCUACCAUUUGGAUCCAUGGUGGUGCUCGAGGACCGUUUAACAAUUGGGCCUGAGCUGGAGUCCAAACAGGUGGGAAAGGCCCAAGGGUUUUACAUAUCUGCGGCCCAAAAGGAGGGUCUGGAAUUGGAGAUAGUUAUGGGGAUGACCUUUGCUUUCAUAGAAGGGGAAUACAAUGGGAGCACUCUGAGUGUGUUGGGGAGAAACAGCAUCUUCGAUGAGGUGAGAGAGAUGCCUAUUAUUGGCGGAACAGGGGCUUUUCGCUUCGCUCGUGGGUUUGUUGAAGCUAAGAGUGUCAAGGUCGAUUACCAAAAAGGUGAUGCUACUGUUGAGUACAACGUCUACGUGUUCCAUUACUCAUCCUCCUCUCAGGAGCCUUUUAACGAGGGUCUUCAGUUCAUGACAGACCCUAUACUUAGCAAAAUGUAA